AUGUCUCCCCCCGCUGCUAUCUUCGAGCCUGCUGUCGCCCCUACUGGCAUCAAGAGCAAGGUUUUCGUCCCUGAGACGACUACUACCACCUUGACCGGUCAGGGCCAAAGCAAGCUUCUAGACCAGUUCGGUGGCAAGUGGGAUGAGUUCAAGUUCGCCCCUAUCCGCGAGAGCCAGGUAUCUCGUGCCAUGACCCGCCGCUACUUCCAGGAUCUGGACAAUUACGCCGAGAGCGACGUUGUCAUCGUCGGCGCUGGUUCCUGCGGUCUGAGCUCCGCCUAUGUGCUGGCCAAAGCCCGCCCAGACCUGAAGAUUGCCAUUGUUGAGGCUUCCGUGUCUCCUGGUGGUGGUGCCUGGCUUGGUGGCCAGCUCUUCUCCGCCAUGGUUCUCCGUCGCCCAGCCGAUGCUUUCUUGACAGAGCUCGGCGUCCCCUUCGAGGAGGAGCCCAACAACCCGAACUUCGUGGUAGUCAAGCACGCCGCCUUGUUCACCUCUACUCUUCUCUCGAAGGUUUUGUCCUUCCCGAACGUCAAGCUCUUCAACGCUACCUGCGUCGAGGACCUUAUCACCCGACCUGAUGGUGACAAGAUUCGUAUGGCUGGUGUGGUGGUUAACUGGACCUUGGUCACUCUUCACCACGAUGACCACUCCUGCAUGGACCCCAACACCAUCAACGCCCCUAUCAUCAUCAGUACUACUGGUCACGAUGGCCCAUUCGGUGCCUUCUGUGCUAAGCGCCUUGUCUCCAUGAACUCCAUCGACAAGCUCGGUGGUAUGCGUGGUCUUGACAUGAAUCUUGCUGAGGAUGCCAUUGUCAAGAACACUCGUGAGGUUACCAAGGGGCUUAUCAUUGGUGGUAUGGAGCUGUCGGAGAUCGACGGCUUCAACCGCAUGGGUCCGACGUUUGGUGCUAUGGCCAUGUCUGGUGUUAAGGCUGCCGAGGAGGCGCUGCGUGUCUUUGACGAGCGCAAGCGUGAGUGUGCUGAGUAA